AUGGUGCAAAAAAUUGUGAAGGUGUGUGGAAUCAAGUCGGAGGAGGCUGCCAACACAGCGAUCGUGAGCGGUGCCUCUCUACUAGGAACGAUAUUGGUGCCCAACCGUGCACGGACGGUGGAAGCAGACACGGCACGGCGAAUCAGCAAGCUGUGCUACGAGAAGCGUGUGGAGAAGAAGUCGAGGUUUGUUUCAUCCAAAGAUUUGCUCCAGCACGCAAGAACUUUGGAGGCGACGGGGCCACAGUGGUUCGAGGAGGUGUGUGAGACCAUAACGGAAAACGGGCCAUACCUUGUUGGCGUUUUCCGGAACCAGCCUCUGGAGGACGUGAUACGGAUCAGCGAUGAGCUCGGAGUGGAUGUGGUACAGCUUCAUGGGUCAGAGGAUGUCGAUGCGUUUGUGGCUGCGCUGGAGUUGCCUGUAAUCCCCCGUUUUGUGCUCAGCAAGCCCGGCAUAGAGAACGCUCUCUCGACACACAAGUUCCUGCUGCCACUCUUUGACUCCGAGCAGGGUGGAGAGGGAAAGUUGGUGGACUGGCGGGACGCCGCCAGGUUUGGGGGCGAUUUGAAUGGCCGGUACAUUCUCGCUGGGGGGCUCACGCCGGAGAACGUCGGGGCGGCUCUGGCUGUGGGAGGCUGCUACGGGGUCGACGUCAGUGGGGGCGUUGAAACGGAGGGCCACAAAGACAUGGCUAAGAUUGAGGCGUUUGUCGGAAACGCCAGAAAGGCGGAGGCUGUAAAGGCUGGGCAGGCUGUGUAG